AAAGAAGAAAAGGAGAAAACUUGAAAACUUAGGCAGUGAAAUCUGGUGGAAGGGAAUAAGGAGAAGGAAGAAGAAAUGGAGUUAUCAAGUGGUAGGUGAUGAAAUUUUUCAGUCUCUCUACGAUUUUUUUCUUCCCUAUUAAUUGUUCUUUAUAACUAAAGGUGGUGGUGACACAGAUAGAAAGAGAGAGAGAGAGAGCUUGCAUUGCAAAUUACAUUUUCAUUACAUCUCACAUAAAAAAAAAACAUCCUUUUAAUUACAUUUCCGAGAAGAAGGAUGAUGUUUUAACUACCUCCUAUAGUAACUGUCCGAUCUUUUACAUUACAAUACACGUGUGGAGGAAAACAAAACUUUAGCAAAUAAACAUAUACGCGCAGCAGAAAUAGUAGUUUUUUAUUCUUUUGUAUUGAUGAUUCGAGUUAAUAAAAUAUGAAACUACAUAAACAAUAGUGUAAAUGUUUCAUGAACGGAGUUAGGGCUGGCUGACCUCAUACUUUUGUUCUUCUGUUUCGGCUUCAGCUAAAUCCACACAAUCACAUCAUAAAAAAAAAAAAACUCAUAAUUUACAAGCAGAGCAUCAAAAAAAUAUGGACCAUGGGUGAACAAGUUGUUCCUGAGAUGCCACAUCUAUCCACAAGAUUAGAAAAAUGGCUCAUCUCAAAGAAGUUUAACCAUGCUUGUGGUCCUUCGAGCACACUCUCUAAGAUAUUUGAAAACUCUGCCACACGCCAGGAGGACUCAAUAUGUGAUCAUCAAUCAUCUGAUUCAUGUGCACUAAAAACCCCAGAAAAGUCUUCUGCUAGCAACACUUCAGUUUUCCGGCUCAUUCCAAGCUGUGAUGACAUCCCAGCUGCUGAAGAUGUGCCUGUUAGAAAAAUCAAGAUGGAAUCAAUUGACCUUGAAGAUGAGCUGAAGCAACUAUCUUUGACAUCUGAUCCCAUCUCCACUCAUCUAGAUUUUGAUAAGUCAUUUAUUGAUCUAUUGUCCGCAUGUGGACAGAUGCAACCAUCAAACUUUAUGGAAGCACUCUCUAAAUUCUGUGAACCAGAAAGCAUUGUCAAGAUUGGUGAAGGUACGUAUGGGGAGGCUUUUCGGACUGGUUCUAGUGUCUGUAAAAUAGUUCCAAUUGAUGGAGACUUAAGGGUCAAUGGGGAAGUACAGAAGAGAGCUGACGAACUACAUGAGGAAGUGAUACUCUCAUGGACUCUUAAUCAACUAAGAGAAUUUGAGACUGAAGCUCAGAAUUCGUGCCCAGCGUUCAUAAAAACUCAAGAUAUAAAAGUAUGUCAAGGUCCCUAUGACCCUAUACUGAUAAAAGCAUGGGAAGAAUGGGAUAAUUUACAUGGCUCUGAGAAUGAUCACCCAGAUUUCCCAGAAAAACAAUGUUAUGUCAUGUUUGUUCUGGAACAUGGUGGCAAAGACCUUGAAAGCUUUGUUCUUUUGAACUUUGAUGAAGCACGGAGCUUAUUGGUUCAGGUCACGGCUGGCCUGGCUGUUGCUGAAGCUGCUUUUGAGUUCGAGCACAGGGACCUGCAUUGGGGAAACAUUCUUCUUAGUCGGAAUAACUCGUGUACGCUGCCUUUUCUUCUCGAGGGGAAACAAAUUUCUAUCAAAACUUUGGGAGUACAGAUAUCCAUAAUUGACUUUACUCUUUCAAGAAUCAAUACAGGUGAUGGUUCGCAAUACUGCGAUAUAAUGUAA